AUGUCUUCCCCUGAGCUCCGCGCAAACGUGACGUGGUCGUACAAACAGGCGAAGGGCGUCAUGAUAGCCACGGUGCUGCUGUUGUUCUGCGUGUUCAUGUUAUGCGUCGGCAUCCUGCUACACGCGUUGGCCAAGCUGUCCAACUCCCUCGACACACCUCGUUACCUCCUCUUCAAGUGCAUGCUAGUCAACGAUAGCAUCCAGAUGAUGUCGUCCGUGCUCCUCUUCAUGCUGGCCACGUUUGAUGUGAACUUUGCGCUGUUCUACUGCGUUCCCAUGAUCAUCAUCUCUACGGCCAGCUUCCUCAACUCGCCGCUCAUCCUGGCCACCAUGUCAGUAGAGCGCUUUGUUGCAAUCUUCUACCCGUUGCGUCGCCCGGCCGCCUGGCGAUCUGACCGCAUCUGGGUCAUCAUCCUGGCUAUGUGGCUGCUGAGCUAUAUGAGCCCUGUCUUGGAGAACGCCAUCGGCGAUCCACGUACCUUGCCCGUCUGGAGCGAACCCGUGCGGUGCAAUCGCCAUCUAGUGAAUAUCACACCAGCCCAGGCCAUGAUUCGCAUAAUGGCAAACGGGCUCGUAUUUUCCCUUAUGGCCGUUCUCAUCAUCUGGACAUACAUAUGCAUCAUGGUGCAGACGCGCAAGCUGCGCAGGACUGGGGAUUCAGGAGGUCGCGCUCAGCGGACAGUUCUGAUACAUGCCGCACAGUUACUUCUCUGCGGGCUGGCCUUCACGAUACCUAUUUCUGAAACGCUCAUUACCCAAAACUAUGACAUCCAGUCACAACGUUUGUUGAGCUUCUUCAAUUACCUCUGCUUAGUCAUUUUCCCCAGGGCCUUCAGUCCGCUCAUCUACGGAUUCCGGGACCAGACCCUGCGCAGGCAGAUAGCUAAAGCCUUCAGGGCCUGUGCCAGGUCGAAGGUCGGUGUCUGA